GAGCAGCUGAAACCGGUUUGAGCGGCGCCGCUUCCUGCCGCUCGGCGCCGCUGCGGGCUUCCUCGGGGAGCGCUGGCGAGGCACUGACGGCGGCCGCCUGGCACCUCGGCCCCCGGCCCUUACUCUCGCGCGCGGCGGCGGCAUCGCGGACCGCGGAUUUGCGGACCCUGCCGGUGAGGGGUGCGGCCGGGCGCUCGGUGCGGGGGCCCCGGCAGCCGCUCACGUGGCGGCUGAGCUGUCAGGGCAGCCGGGCCAGGGACGCGGCGGGGCCGAGGCGCGCGGGCAGGGUCCCCCAUCCCGCCGGCACUGCCCGUCGGGGAAGCAGCGACCUGGACGUUCGCUCCGACUGCGUAGAGCUUUGGACCACGAGUGUGCGAAGAAGUUCAGGAACGAAGAAACAAAAAAUGCAGCCCAAGUCCUCUGUCCCCCUAACCCACGCAUGCCCCUCGCCGCCACCACUCUCGAUCUGUAUCACGACCUCCUAAAAUAAAUCCAUCAGAAUGACACCGUCUCAGAUAACCUUUGAAAUAAGAGGAACCCUUUUACCAGGAGAAGUUUUUGCAAUAUGUGGAAGCUCUGAUGCUUUGGGAAACUGGAAUCCUCAAAAUGCUGUGGCUCUGCUGCCAGAAAAUGAGACAGGUGAAAGCUUGUUAUCGAAAGCCACCAUUAUACUCAGUAGAGGAGUAUCAGUUCAGUAUCGCUACUUCAGAGGGUGCUUUUUAGAACCAAAGACUAUCGGUGGUCCAUGUCAAGUCAUAGUUCACAAGUGGGAGACUCAUCUACAACCACGAUCAAUAACCCCUUUAGAAAGUGAAAUUAUUAUUGAUGAUGGACAAUUUGGAAUCCACAAUGGUGUUGAGACUCUGGAUUCUGGAUGGCUGACAUGUCAGACUGAAAUAAGAUUACGUUUGCAUUAUUCUGAAAAACCUCCCGUCUCAAUAACCAAGAAAAAUUUAAAAAAAUCCAGAUUUAGGGUAAAGCUGACACUGGAGGGUCUGGAGGAAGAUGACGAUGAUAGAGUGUCUCCCACUGUUCUCCACAAAAUGUCCAAUAGCCUGGAGAUAUCCUUAAUAAGUGACCAUGAGUUCAAGUGCAGGCAUUCACAGCCAGAGUGUGGAUAUGGCUUACAGCCUGAUCGUUGGACAGAAUAUAGCAUACAGACAAUGGAACCAGAUAACCUGGAACUAAUUUUUGAUUUUUUUGAGGAAGACCUCAGUGAACAUGUAGUUCAGGGGGACGCCUUUCCCGGACACGUGGGUACAGCAUGCCUCUUGUCGUCUACCAUUGCUGAGAGUGGGAAGAGUGCUGGAAUCCUCACUCUCCCCAUCAUGAGCAGAAAUUCCAGAAAAACAAUAGGCAAAGUGAGAGUUGACUAUAUAGUUAUUAAGCCAUUACCAGGAUACAGUUGUGACAUGAAAUCUUCAUUUUCCAAGUACUGGAAGCCAAGAAUACCACUGGAUGUUGGACAUCGAGGUGCAGGGAAUUCUACAACAACUGCUCAACUUGCUAAAGUUCAAGAAAAUACUAUUGCAUCUUUAAGAAAUGCUGCUAGUCAUGGUGCAGCCUUUGUAGAAUUUGAUGUGCAUCUUUCAAAAGAUUUUGUGCCUGUAGUAUAUCAUGAUCUCACAUGCUGUUUGACUAUGAAAAAGAAAUUUGAUGCUGAUCCAGUUGAAUUAUUUGAAAUUCCAGUAAAGGAAUUAACAUUUGACCAACUCCAGUUGUUAAAGCUCGCUCAUGUGACUGCACUAAAAUCUAAAGGUCUGAAAGCAUCUGUGGUUGAGGAAGAAAGUUCCUUUUCUGAAAAUCAGCCCUUUCCUUCUCUUAAGAUGGUUUUAGAGUCUUUGCCAGAAGAUGUAGGUUUCAACAUAGAAAUAAAGUGGAUCUGCCAGCAAAGGGAUGGAAUGUGGGAUGGUAACUUAUCAACAUACUUUGACAUGAAUCUGUUUUUGGAUAUAAUUUUAAAAACUGUCUUAGAACAUUCUGGGAAGAGGAGAAUAGUGUUUUCUUCAUUUGAUGCAGAUGUUUGCACCAUGGUUCGGCAAAAGCAGAACAAAUAUCCCAUAUUAUUUUUGACUCAAGGAAGAUCUGAUAUUUACCCUGAACUCAUGGACCUCAGAUCUCGAACAACCCCCAUUGCAAUGAGCUUUGCACAGUUUGAAAAUUUGCUGGGUAUAAAUGCACACAGUGAAGACCUGCUGAGAAAUCCAUCUUAUAUUCAAGAGGCAAAAGCUAAGGGACUAGUCAUAUUUUGUUGGGGUGAUGAUACCAAUGAUCCUGAAAACAGAAAGAAAUUGAAGGAAUUUGGAGUUAAUGGUCUAAUUUAUGAUAGGAUAUAUGAUUGGAUGCCUGAACAGCCAAAUAUAUUCCAAGUGGAGCAGUUGGAACGCCUGAAGCAAGAAUUGCCAGAGCUUAAGAGCUGUUUGUGUCCCACUGUUAACCGCUUUGUUCCCUCAUCUCUGUGUGGGGAGCCUGGUAUCCAGGUGGAUGCCAACGGCAUCGAUAAUGUGGAGAGAGCUUAGAUUGUAUUGGGCAGAGGCCAUUUGGGAGCAUGCACCACUGUUCACUUUUCAUCACUGAGCAUUGUUUAUCUAUGCCUUUUAGGUUUCUCAGUCCAAUGAAGCAAUAAUGAAGUAUUUUACUAUUUCACUACAGUUCUUGCUAGGAUUUCAAGUAUGCUAUUUAAAUCACUUGGCCAGGUAUAAUUACCAGUCAGUCUCUUUACAAUGAGAAAAUUUAUUGAUUGGUAAAUAUUUUAAAACUAAGUAUGUAAACGUAUAAUCUUAAACAAAUGCUUAUUAAAAGCAUAGCACUUUGAAAUUAACUACAUAAAAUGUCUCAUAUUUACACUUCUUACAGCUUUCAUUUGAUCAGGUCUGAAAUACUUAGCACUUGAGGAACAUGACUAUGCAUAAUUAUACCUGACCAUUGGAAAAAAUAAGUACCUCAAAUGCAUGCAUUUGCACUGGUGAGCCCAACUGCACACAUCUUUGUGCCAUCUGUGUAUAUAUGUAUUUUUUACAUGAAUUGACAUGCAAAUAGACCAUUUUCAUUCAGUAUGAACCUUGAGGCUGCUGCCAUUCUCCCACUUAACCAAACCAAUGCUUGUGUAAACAGCCUGGAGGUCAUCCUUGAAAAUUUCUUUCCUAAGUCUUUCAAAAGCUGUUUUGCAUAAAUGUUAAAAUUUCAAAAUGCUGCAGGGUAAUUUAAUGUAUAAAAUAUUAGAAGUAUGUAUUGCAUACUUAAAGUAGAUCAUAAUGUAUAAAUUCUAUUCAGUGCAUGCUUUAGUUUUUAAGCAUGAGAUUGUAUACGUUUACUGUUAAGUCCUUGCAUCCGUGGUGCUAGGUGAGAGUGAGAAGGUGUCAAGGACUGAAGAUCUUUUGUUGCCUAAAAAAAAAAAAUCCUGUUUGUAGGUAUUUUAAAUAUGCUUAUUUUAAGUGUCUCUCACUACCUAUUACACACUUGCUUUUUGGGUUUUGUGUCUCUAUGUGUGUGUGUGUGUGUGUCUAUAAGUUGUACAGUAGUUAAGUCUCCAUGCAGACAAUUCUCCUAUUGGAAUUCUUUAUUGGUUAUUGUAUUUCAUGCAUGUAAGUUUUAUUUAGAUAUGUAGAAGAUCCUACUAAAUGUAUAUGCAUGUUUUUAGGGUUGUAUUAAGGUUUCUUUCAUUAGAAGCAGAUUGUUUGGCAUAACUGUAACUUAAGAAUGAAUGUUAAAUAAAAUACACAGAUUUAUUUUCUUCAUUAUAAAAUGAAAUUUUAAGAAGGUUUUUUUUUUUUUUUUUUUUAGAAUUGGUUCUUUUAUAGAAUUGGUUCUAUAUGAGAAAUUGGAGUUUCAUGUCUACCCUAAAAGGGUGGCUUGUUUGUGUCUACCUUUGAGUGCAUGUUCUUCAUUAGGCAGUUUAUUCAUGUAUUGACAUAUUUUGGUAGCAGCUAAGAACCUAAGACUUGGAAUUAUACGCUGUAUCUUUUUAUUUUUUAAGCCAAACAAUGCAAUGUUUGUCUACUCUGAAUUAUGUGAAGAUAAGCUUUGAAAUCUAUAGUAUUGUAUUUGUAACACUGAUAUUUAAUGGAAAAUAGUUUAGGAAAUGGAGUCUUCUGCAAGGGUUCUGUAACUUUUCCCACAUUGAAUCAGAUUUCCAAUACUUUGGUAUGAAUUAGGCGCUUUUAGAACACUCCUGAAAAAGAAUUAGUUUACUUCAUCUGCAGGUCUUUGUAGAAUACAGUUAUCAUUACUUCUUGGUAACUUGAUUAGCCAUAGGUGUGCAUUUCUAAUCCUGUUCAUUUGUUCUUCCCCUAUGCCUUUCCAGUCCAGCUUCACUUUGAAGACUCACAGAUGAUAAGGGAAAGGAGAAGAGAAGGAAAGGAGGUGAUGGAGGGUUUGGGGUUUUCCUGAACAGUGUGAUUUGCUGAGAAGAGCUCAUAGUGACUGCCUAUGACAUGGACAGAACCUCACUGCUCACUUUCUCUCCUGUCUCCUCCUAACCUUAUAAACAAGGGCUGGUAGAUGAUUAAAGCAUAGCAAGCAGUGGCUCCCUGUUUUUAUAGGACUAAAUCUAGGCUUCCAUAUCACUAGCUAUUGCUCUGUACACUCCUCUCUAGCCACACAAUUCCUGUGGUAGGUUCUGGCCACACCACUCUCCUAGACGCCCUGUCUGUAGCCUUGUGCCCUCUGCCAGGAAGCCCUCUCCUCCUCACAGACACUUUGUCCCUGCCAAGCUCAUUUCUCCCUGAGCCACUGACCUCCUCCCCCUGAGCCCUUGUCAAACUCCUUGAGAAGGUCUUUUCUCCUCCAUAGCCAGGUGUCCAUGCCUUUGAUCAUGCCAUGCACCGUGGUACAUUCUAGGUGGGCAUGGUUGAUGUUUGUCUCACUUACCAGGCUACGGGCUCUUCAAGGGCAGGGACCUUGUCUUAAUGCAUUUUUAUUUACACAGUGCAUGAAACGUAGUAGAAAAUAAAUGUUGGGAUCAUUGGGAUAAUAUAAUUUGUAUCAAAUGUCCUUCUGAAUUAAGAGAUUUAGUUGUUUACUAAGAGUAUAAAUGGAAUUGGUUUACAUUUUGACAUUUGGAACAGUAUUGAUGUCAGUUUUAAAUGUAGAAGUAUAAUGUUAAAUUAAUUUAUAUUUUCUGGAAAUUGAGUGAAAUGUUUGAUAAAAUGCCACCAUUGUUCUCUGGUAUUUUCUACUCUUUGAAAUUAUGUACUGUAACUUACUGGAUGUAAAUGUGAGGAACACAGCUCAUUCCUGUGUCAGUAGUGCCUGAGGGCUUCCACAGCCACCCAUUUACCUCACUCCCAGUGUUCCUGUCUUCCCUCCGAGCCCCACGCUUAUGCCUACCUCAGUGCCACUUUCCUUGUCUGAAAUGCCUUCUCUGUCUUCAGUGCCCCGCUCAGGUGCCACCUUCCUCAGCUUUUGAUCAGAAUCAUGAUGCAAACAAAUGCAGACAGCCUCUAAAUGUCACUACUUUAUUUUGCAGCUGGGGUAGUAAGCCCAGAGAAGUUAACAGACUUACAGGUUGGGACUAGAAAACUGGGUUUUGUGACUCCUGAUCCCUUAAACUGUGCUGCCUUCUGAAUUGUGACAUUUGUUAGCAUGUGCUCUUAGUCUUUUUACGUGCCUGUUAUAUUUCCCUAAUAAGACUGUAAGCCCCACAGGGGCAGGGACUUCUUUGCAUUCCUAACACUACUAUACUUAAGUUCUAUACUUAAGUUAUGAACUAGAUAAAUAAAUGGUGGUGGCAACAAUUCCAGUUUCCUAACUCAGAUUGUUUCAUAGUAUACAUGCAAAUCUGUAGGGCAUGCAUGGCCCUAUCGUCUGGAGUGUGGGUGCUCAUCACGUGUGCAUGUACAUUUGCAUGUUUACACAUGGAGUUCUCAUUCUGCCCCAGUUGCUUGGGGUCACAUCUUUGGUGGGUUACCAUAAGCCAGUUUUCUACUCUAUGCUGAAUGAGGACAGUAUGGGCAUAAAUGGAAUAAGGUAGAGUUUUUCUCCAGUCCUGGUUGCCUCUUCCUGGGGUAGCACACCCAAAUCCUGCAGCUGGUGGCCUGGUAGUUAAGAAGGGGCUGCCUUCAGUAGGUCUUCUGUGCCAGGGGUUGCCUGACCCUCUCUUCUGGGUGGACCAUCACUGCCCUUAAUGCCCUGGCUCCUGUCUCUUCACAGUUCAACUGCAUUUUGUCCUUCACAUUAUUACUGGUUUAGUGCUGUUGGUUGACGGUGGAGUCCUGUUGUUUUAGAUUUUGUACAGUUGAGUUACUUUGCACUUUAGAUUUGGAUCAUGUACUUUUGGGGUAGAAAGCAAAGUAUGCAUAUUAGAAAAUACAGUAUUUGGUGUUCACAAGCUUGAAAUUCAUUCAAAUUAGUUUUUUAAUGGGUUUAUAUAGUUUGAGAAAUAGAUUUGAAAUGUUUAAAAUGCAAGGGAGCUUAUGAUUAAGACCAUAUGAGUAUAUCCUAGAGGUAAGGGAGGAUAGGGUUGGAGCAAAGUUUUCAUCAUGCUGUCAAGCCCUUAAAGAAUAGGGUACAGGUCAGGGUAGUUGUGAGGUUCGGGGCAGUCUGUAAACUCAAGAGGCCAGAGUGAUAUUCCUGGUGUUUUCAAGAAAAAUGAAGGAGCCAUCCUGACAGUGUAGAGGGUAUUUUGAAUGUCGGAGACUUUGCAUCUUUAUGGAAAAUAAAAGUUUGUUCAUCAUUUUAAAGGGAAAUAACAUUAAAAUGAAAUGUAGUUUAAAAUAAUACAGGAAUUAUAGGAACAAUAAAAAUAGAAAUUUGUCUAAACCUCUGCUAAGUUUAUCUAAACACAUUUCUGCCCAUUUCCUCAGAAAACAGAAAUGUUGGUGGGCUUCUGAAACUUACCUGCAAAGCCAAAGCCAAACUGUAUAACUUCACAAGAAGAAAACUGAAGCCAAGGAAAAGUUUUGUGGCAUCCAUGAUUUCAGAUAUAUCACUGCAGCCCAGUCCUCUCCCCUGAGCUCCACCUUCCACAUCCAACUCUCUGCCUCCAUCUGCACUUGAAGGUCUAAUGCGUAUCUCACAUUUCAUGUACCUCAACAAAGCUCUUCCUCCUCCCACCAAACUGCUCCUGUCCCACCGCCUUGUAUCCUAUGUCUCAGGAAAUGGCACCUAAGAGUCUUCCAUUAUUUUUCUCUUAAUAAAAUCUUGCAAUUAGUGUAACGUUAUGUUCUGUGAUAGGUUAGUUGCCCAUUUCUUCCUUUUCAGUUAAAAAAUAUAUAUAUAUAUUCUUUUGUUAAAUAGCAUGAGAAUCACCAAGUGCCAGAAAAGGAAUUUUGAUGAGUUUUGGGUUGAUUUCCUAGGUUACUAUGAGGGAAGGAUUAGCAUUUUUAAAGCAAGUUUUUCCAUCUAGAACACUGUGUGUCUCCAUUCAUUAAUCUCCAUUAAUUUUACAUCCUCCAGUAAAAUGAGUUAUUUUAUGUUAGGCAUUGCAUACUUUUUAAAGUUUAUUCAUGUAUUUUUAAAACUGCUUAUGAAUUGAUUUUUUAAAAAUUCUGUAUUUCCUGCAGUACAAUGUUCAGUAAUAUGAAGUUGUUUUUUGUCUAUUUGUAGCUACUUUGCUGAAUUCAAUUAGUCAAAGUGUUUUGUUAUUUAAGUCUCUGGGAUUUUCUAGAUAGUUGAUCAUAGUAUCUGCAAAUGCAUUUUGAUUUUUAAUAAAAGUUCUUUAUCCUCUCUUAUUUCUGUAAGCUAAUAACAAUUGUAGGCAUCCUUGUUUCUUUCCUGGCAUGGAAAAGUAUAGUGGAUGCUGAAAUUUCUCAUAGAUGAUCUUUAUCAAAUUAAGGGAAUUUCCUUUUCUUCUUGGUUUCCUAAAUGGUCACUUCCCGCUACCACCACCCUCCUAAGGGUUAGGUUUUGAAAUUAUCCGAUGAGUUUUUGAAGAGUUAGAAAAUAGUAGUUUUUCAUUUAUCUUUUAAUGGAGUGAAUAUUGCUAAUGCCUUUUCUAAUGUUGAAUUACCUUAACCAGUAUAAACCCUAUUUUUGGAUUUUGUUCUUUUUAUGUUCUUUUAACAUUAAUUUGUUAAUUCGUUUAAUAUAUCUAUAUUCAUAAGUGAGAUUGCCUUAGAUUUCUUAGGCUAUUUAUGUCUAGUUUUAGAGACUAUAGGAUAGUCUUAUAAACUGAGCUGUGUAGGUUUUUCUAUCUUGUGGAACAGUUUAUAUAAGAGAAUUAUCUGUUCAUUGAUGGUUUGAUAAACACUCCUAUAAAACUAUACAUAUUUUCAAGUACUUUUUUACUGCUCUUACAGUUUCUUAUAUUAGUUAUAACCUAUAAUAAUUCUCUACUUUUUUUAUUAUGUUUGUAUUUCUUUGGGAAAAUCAUCCAGUUUUACUGCAUUUUUAAAAUAUUACUGGCAUACAAAGCUAUGUGUUUAGUGAGAGAAUGUGUGUGUGUGUGUGUGUGUUUGUAUUGUGUAAAAUCUCCCUAGAUGUGAUCACUUUUUUUGUUCUUAAUAUGUUUUGGGGGGUUGGGAGGGUAUAUUAUCCUUGAUAAGAUUGCAAAAGAUCUGAAUUUUUUUUUUUUUUUAACUGGGCUUUGGUAGUACUGAGCAGUGUUUUUACUAUUUCAUUAAUUACUGCUCUUAAAUUCAGAUUUUAAAAUUCUACCUAAUUGGAAAUUAAUUUUGUAUCUGUUCUUGUUUUAUUGAGUUGUAUCUACCUCAAUACUAAAUAUAGUUAUAAUUCUGUAACAAUGGCAAAAUAGCAUUAACCUUGGAUACAUACAGUUUUAAUAGAAGUGGAAGAUGAACUUUAACUUAAAAAGAAAAAAUAUGCUUUUUUAAAAGCUAUUUAUAUAAUAAUGGAACUACACAAUAUAUAAAGUAUAAACCUUGUUUUUUAGUUUCUAUCUAGUUUGAGCUGAAUUUCCUUACAUUGUAAUUCAUUAAAGCAUAACCAAAAUCAAAUAUUUGCUGAGGGCUUGAAUAGGAGAAUAAAGCAGCUUCUGUCUUCAACAUGCUUAUUAUUUAGUUGAGGUAAUUAAUAGUGUUUUAAAAAAUGCAGAAUUGUAGCAGUUGUCCAAAAAAGACGGUGAUAGAAGGAAAGUCACUGAGGUAUACCCCAAUGCUCAUUUAAUGACACAGAUCCAUUCUUCCACCUCCACUUCAACCAGAAUGGCUCUCUUUGAUGUGUUUUGUUUCUCCUAGUAGAGAUAUGAUUUAAAGAUGAGGUUCUUUACCUAAAAAUACUUGAGAUGCCUAUUAGAUGUGUAGGUGGAGGGGGGGGUCUUACCUGUUGGGUGAUUUCCUCAGUAUUGUCUUCCAAUUUCCUUAUUCACAGUUUGACUAUAUCCAGCUCACUUUAUUGAUAUUAUUUAUCCUUUCUGUUUUUAUUAAAUAAUUUACAGUUCUUUUUAUGGAAGUAUAACGUCCAUUUAUCUCUUUAAUCAUUCUCAAGCCAUUUUAUUAUUUCAGUUUAUCUUAUUCUUUCCAGGCUGUUCUGGAAUGAAUUCCUGUUCUAAUUUUGUUGCUGUCUUUCUUAACAUUGUUUCCUUAUGUGUUUUGGAGUUUUGGUAUGCAAGAUCAUGUUUUUGUUUCUUUCCUUCUUUCUUGUCCUACAGUUGCUACCCUUAGGAGUUCCAGGACCUCAUCUAAAUCCAAGUAUAUGAUCGCACUUGAUAACUAAUGCCCCUAAGGACACUAAAGACAUUGCACCCCACCCAGAGUUAUAAAAUGGCAUCAUUUUGAUUUCUGGUCCAAGGACAUUUUUAUGUUUUAUCCUUUUUUUUGAUUUCUCUUUUUGUAGUUUGCCCGUUAUUCCUGUGUGUUUGGAGCAAAGAUCUGUUUGAUGUUUUAGUUUUGGCAUAAACUCACCAAAUCAUCAUACAGUGUUAAAAAUCCCCAUCGUCCCAGAGGGCUGUGAUAUAGGUUCUCCCUCCCCAGAGGGGACCAGAAUUAAUGUAGUUAGGUACAGUGGAGGUUUGUGGUUCCAAAGCUGCCCAAUUCCUACCUCCUACUUUUGGAAGCAUCAUUUCAUUUUUGGGAAUUCUACCUCUCCUGUUGGGUACAGUCUUGGGGGCCUUUAAAAUAAAUUAUCCUCCUUUCCCCCAGCCAAGGACUAGGUGCAUGAACAAAGCCAGACCAACAGGACUCUUCAGACCCUCUCCCAGAUCACUGAAUAUUGAUCAGAGCAGCUAGAGUAUCAAACAAGUUUUUAGAUUUCCCAUUCCAGGGCAUCCUAAGUGGUUCCUAUAGGGAAGCCCAUAGAAUCUUCCUGAUUCUUGUUCUUUCUGACCUGGCUGUUUGGCCUUCCCUUCAAUUCUGUGAGAUCCCCUACAUUGUUCUAGUAAAUUCCUUUGUUAUACUAGAGGCAGAUUUCAUUACACCCAGGAAAACUUGACUGGUAGAAUAUUUACCCUUAAAAAUGUGUAUGCAUCUACAAGCAUGUAAAUGUUCAAAUACAAUUUUUACAUACUGUGCUUGCAGUUCAGCAGCUUGCAGUUUCUUCACACAUCAGAUACUUCAUGUACUCAGCAUGAAACAAGAAGUAAUUCAAUUUGGUUCUAAUCCAGCUUGUAAUGGGGAUAAAUGAACAACUGGUGGAGUAUUAUCUCAGUUAACCAAGCAGGUGUCUUAGUGAAUUAAGAGCCCAGCCUGGGCUUUUGCUGCCUUGUGAACAGUGUGGCUAGAGUGGCUCCAUCCUCCCUCCAAUAUUUACUUCUGUUGUUUCCCAGCCUUGUCUCCCACAGUCCUCAUUCCAAGCUCUCCUCUCAUGUCAUACUCUUCUACUCUGUCUUAGAAGGCCCUAAGACUGUCUCUUCCUGGCAUCUUUGUUUUUGCCAUUUUUCUGUAAUUUCUCCUUUCUGCAAGACCAGAUUCCUGAAGGCUUUUAUGAAUAGCCCGACCUACAGGACUGUGCCCUUCCUUUCCCCACUGAAUUCCCAGAGUAGCUGAUUACUGUUCACUUGACAGUUGCUUGCUUUGUUACUUAUUACAGAGUUUACUUAACUCUAGGAUAUAAAGAACAGUUAGAUAAUGCUUUAAUGACAUGUCAGAGAGGCUGGUCUCAGUGUUUGAGAUACAUAAAACUUGCCUUCUGUCUUUUGGGUGCUCAUGAUGGCAUUAUAUCUGUGCCAUUAAGUGAACAGAUCCCACACUCAAAAAGGAAAUUUAUUUCAUUACCCAGCACGAAAGAUAGGGAAAAAGCCAGUUGCUCAAAAAGGGAUUUGACUCAACUUCCACCUCAGAAACCUAGCAUGUAACUGUCUUCCCCAUGUUACUCACUUCUUCCUCCACUGUGACAUGAAUUCCCUCACCUCUAAGCCAGUGUUUGUCUUCCCACUGUUCCCUGGCACUGGCACUCUGUUGCUCCGCCAGUAGCUGAUGAUUAGAGAGGGGACAAUACCCCUCUAUCUUGGACUGGCCAAUGGGUAAUGACCAGUGACCAAUUUCCUCUAUGGCUGGUUCUGUUAGCUUUCAGAAACUUUGGGAAUUGCAUAUUGGAGUGACCAAGGUCCUGCACGUCCUCAGUCACUGGCGCCAGGACGUCUGGUCACAGAUCUGACCCUAUAGGUGCCCUAUAGAAAUGCCUUGGUUAUGGCAUACAUAGAGAACUUUUAAAUAAUUUCUUGUUUUGGUAACAAAGAGAGUCAGAUACUUUAAUUUCUGAGAACUAAAAUCUAAAGUCAGCCUAUGUCAAUCAGAGGUGAUAAGAGUCUCUUGAAAAUCGAUUUCCCAGAUGGCCAGGAGCCCAGCAAUGUGUAGAUAUUUAAAUAUUUAAUACCUUUUAUUACCGAUGAAAUAGUUUCAUAAUGUCACUUCAGUUAAUAUCCACAGGAAAUGAACUGAGCUGAAUGAAGAGAAGAGUCAGUAAUACUCUGAAGAUGAGAAUGGUAAAUGGAUGCUUUCUACCUACUAAAGGCCAGCGAAGAAGAAAAGAUGCAAAGAUUUGGGGGCAGGAUUUAUGUUGACAGUAAGGAAGGGUCUCCCCCUGUAAGUUUUUAAACAUGAGCAGGUAGUAGUUCUUUUUUUUUUUUUUUUUAAUUAGUGGGCUACUCUGGGAUGAAAUGGACUACAGUUUCUCAUGACCCAUAAAAAGAACGAACAGUUGGCUUCAUUUUUUUCUGACCUUUUGUGGGAGCCAUUUUCACAGUUCUUUAGAAGUUAAGUAUACACCUAUCAUACAUCCAGCAAUUCUGCUCUUCAUUUUUUACCCAGGAAAAAUGAAAGCCUAUGUCGACAUAAAGACUUGAACGUGCAUGUUCAUGGUGGUGUAUCUGUAAGCCCCAAACUGGAAACAACCUAUAUGUCCACUAAGAAGUGAAUGGAUACAAAAAUUGUGGUUUAUCUGUAUAAUAAUUUUCAUUAGUAAAAAAGGAAUAAAUCAAUACAGCACUGUA